AUGGGGGGCUGUGUGUCGUCCACAGCGGCAGACAUCAGCGAUUUCGCCGCGCCGCCAAUCACCGGCGGCGGCCACGCGUGCAAGGAUGACGGGAAGCAGUGGGCUGCCUCAAGCGACAGCACUGACGGAUCCGCCAUAAUCAAAGCGCGCGACCAAGACAGCGCGGCCGCCAGCGCCUCCGGCGCGGCCGAGUACGCGGCCGCAGGCAAGCCCGUUCUGGGCUGCACCGGCCGCGUCGGCAGCCUCACGCUCACGCGAAUGCGGUCGACCACGCGCGCCGCGCUGCACCUCGAGUUCUUAUCCGAGAUCCAGGGGCUGCAGCAGCAGAUGGCUCUGGUGAAUGACAACGCCCUGAUGGGCCUGCAGGAAGCUGCAGAGCUGCUGGCCACCCAGCUGGGCGCCGAUCUCAUCGCCAUCUGGGUGGUUCCCCGAGAUGCGCCGGCCUGCUCUGUCCUGAUGGCGGCCCACGGGGAGGGCGCGGCGGUGCUGCAGCAGAGCAUCGUGCUGCAGGAGGCAGGGGGCGGCGGCGGCGGCGAGGGCGGCGGCCGGCCGCGCGUCGGCGCGCCCGUGGGUUUCUGCACACCAGAUGUGGCUGCGGAGGGCGCGGAAAACGUCGACGUCAUCCCGCAUGACCUGCUGUCGGGCCGCACCGCCCUGCGCAGCUUCGUGCAGGUGCCCAUCGGCUCCGCCCACUCCCAGAUGGGCGCCGUGCUGCUGGCCAAGCGCGACCCGGCCGCGUUCGACGGCAGCUGGUGGAAGGUGCGCCUGCACGUCGCGUCCACAGGGCUGCUGCCCCACGUGAGGCACGCGCAAGUGCAGCAGAUGGCAGCCCUGCUGCGCUGCAUGGACGAGACGCAGGACCCCGUCGCCCUCAUCAGCGUGCUGCUGCGGAGCGCCUCGCGCUACAUGCUGCGCGCCUGCAGCAUGCGGAUGAGCGCCCGCCUGGCGCUGCUGCCGGGCGACGGCGGCAGCAAGGCGCUGCUUUUUGAGCCGGGCCGCACCUCCUGCAGCGGCAGCACCGGCAGCGGCGGCGCCGGCGGGAAGGGCGCGCCGGGGUCGCCGCGGGCGCAGCUGGUGGCGCCGGGGGACGCGGAGGCGGACGUGGUCACGAGCUACCUUCCGAUGGCAAACACGCUGCUCGCGUCGGCGAUCGGCCAGCAGCAGGCGCGAUUUAUAUCGGACUGUGGGCAGUACAUGCAGACGUGUGUCCGCCCCGCGCGCGACGUGUUCACGCGGUCGUCUGAGCUGGUGUCGUCAGUCGUGGUGGUGCCGCUGAUCGCGGGGGAGCACGAGCCGCUGGGGGCGCUGUACUUUGCUCUGGACGUUCCCUGCGAGUUUGCAAACAUCCAGGACACGCUGCUGGGAUUCAUAUCUGGAGUGACCCCCUUGCUGCACAACAAGCUCGCCGGCCGCGCUGAGGCCCUCUCCGCACUCCUCGCUAAGGCGGGCCGCAAGGCGUCCCAGGCGCUGUCGCUGACAGAAACUUUAUCUCGUGAGCUCCCCAGCGUGCUGGAGCUGCCGGCGAUAAGCAGCAGCGGCGACCCGAGCUCCCCGUCGCACGUCGGCGGCGGCGGCGGCGCGGCCGCCGUCAGCGGCGGCGAGGCCAGCGUGUUGCAGCAGCAGAUCCGCAGCAAGAGCCGCGCCAGCUCAGCGCAGGUCUCCGCGCAGCCGGAGCUGUCUGUCGGCGAGUGCCUCGGCCGCGGUGGCUUCGGCGUGGUCUACAGCGGCCGCUGGCACCGCGUGCCGGUCGCCGUCAAGGUCAUGCCGACGCGCAACAACGAGCGCGAGGCAAUGCAGGAUGCAGUGGAGAUGGCGGUGCUGUCGACGGUGCAGCACCCCAACAUCGUCAGCGUAUACUCCUGCCUCACAGACAUGGUGGAGUGCGAGGGCCUGGACGCCUCCGCCAGCACGGGCGGCGCGCUGAGGACGCGGUACCGGCGGCUGCGGCCGGAGGAGGACCCAGAGGGGGAGGCGACGGCCUUCAACAUCGUGGUUAUGGAGCUCUGCGACCGCGGCACCCUGCGGGAGGCCAUCAAGGGCGGCCUGCUGCACAGGCAGCUGCCCGGCGGCGCAAUCGGCGUGGAGCUGUCGGCCGCGAUAGAGGUGCUGCUGGAUGUUGCAUACGCGACGCAGUACCUCCACUCGAUGCAGCUCGUGCACGGCGACAUAAAGUUGGAGAACAUUCUGCUGAAGAGUGACAACUCUCGCGCCCUCAAAGUUAUCCCCAAGCUGGCCGACUUUGGCCUGACGCGUAUCCUGAACGACUCUGACCACUCGGUCAACCUGGACGGCGCCGGCACCGUGACGCACCUGGCGCCAGAGAUGUUCAAGGCCGGCACCAAGAUCACCAAGGCGGUCGACGCCUACGCGUUUGGCAUCCUCAUGUGGGAGGCGUACACCAGCAAGCGCGCCUACUCGGGCCUGCCCCGCGAGGCCGUCAUUGAGCGCGUCUACAAGUCUGGCAUGCGCCCCCGCUUCCCCCCCACGGCCCCGCCCGCGUUUGUGGCUCUGGCCGAGGAGUGCUGGCACUCGGAUCCAUCGCGGCGCCCGCCCUUCAAUGAGAUUGCUGAGCGCCUCGACCUGAUCGCAACAGAGCUGCUGUCCCCCGCCGCGGCCGCCGCGCGCGCGGCGGCCGGGGCGGCGCGGUCGGCGGGCGGGGGCGCGGCGGAGGGCAACGUGGGGGUUUAG